GCUAGGUCAGGUUUAUUAAACAAGGAUAAAAGGAACCCACUUAAUAACAAAAACUGUACUUUUUGAAGGAGAAUUCAUGUGAUCAUUUCAUGACAAAGUCCAAUGCAGCGCACGAGGCUAAACACAUAAAAACAUAUAAAAAUUCAGUCACGUAGGCCUUGUGCGGUUAUAGCCGGCUAUACCCAACGUAUGUGCAUAUGUAUGUACAUACAUAUGAGUAUACACCCUGACGAUAAUGGCGACCUAUGUAUUUAGCGCUCUCACCGAUCGUCUCGAACCAGCUGGGUAUAAAAGGCGGCGGUUUCUCCCACUCGGCAAUCAGUUAGCAACAAGUUAGCCAACUAACAACAACCAAAACACUCAGAAAUUUAACAAAGUAGUACUUAAUCUGCGUCAAGAUGAGUUCCAAUUCCCUGUUCGAAACCGAAGAAGAUUUCGCCCAGGCCAACAAGUUGUCUCGAAAAAUGAAGGAAUCCCCCUUUAUGCUGGUGGGGAUUGCCGGAUUCGUGGCCGCCGGACUGGUUGGAGCCUACAAAUACCGAAACCGAGGAUCGAUGAGCACCAGCGUCUUUCUGAUGCAGUUGCGAGUGGCCGCCCAGGGAACUGUGGUAGGGUGUUUGACUGCAGGGUUGGCCUACACAAUGGCCAAGGAGUACCUGCUCCACGAAGAUCCCAAGGACGAUACCAAGAAGGCCGAUGAGGAGCAUAAAACCACACCAUUAGGUCGAAAGCAAAAGAUAAUGAUUUGGUUGGACAGUCAACGUUAGUUUUAUGAUCCUGCCCGCCGUUCCCGAAGAAAAAGAGCCGCAAGGAAGUCCCCAUGAGGCUUUAAAAACUCUUCACUUUAGGAUGAAGUACAAAUGCACCGCCAAGAAGUAUUAGCCACCCGAUUCUAUCUUCAUUUCUCAUUUUGUUUUAGUGUGUCAUUAAAACGCAACUCCAUGCAAUAACGAAUGUUAAAUACCAAAGAACAUACCUCGUCGCAUUUCUUACAAAAUAUGUCUUUAUAUGUUACUUCUCUCUGGGAUGUAAAGCAGAUAAUCGUAAACCAAAUCAUUGCGAAAUAAAAAUUUUGUAGAUCAGCUUA